GAAACCAAACCAAAAAAAAACCAGCGACGAAAGUGUCUGUGUCAAGUCCUUUGUCUGUUGGUUUUUUUUCAUUGUAAUAUUUUUACUAUUUUGUAUGUUUGAUAUUUGUGUGGCUUUCAAAAGGUCCGUGUGUUCGCGUUGUAGGAUCCAAAUGCUGAUUGUGUUAAUAUAUCCAGUGUUGUUCGGUGGAUCUGUGUCUUUUUCUUAUCACUAUGACUUGCUUGAUUUGAGUAUUAUUUUUUAAAUUACGAAUUAACCUUUACAUAUUUAGUCCCACAUUAACAACAGUCUUUGAAUACAUCAUUUUUGAAUUUGAUCAUAACUGUCUUGAGUUGCCUUGUUGUCUUCCGUUAUUUAUUUCUGUUUUACUCGUGUUCUCUGGAUUUUUCGAAAUUAACAUUCAUUUGUGCGAUUCAUUAAUUUUUUCCUAUUUAACUUGUAUCCCUUUUUAUUCACAUUCAACAUUCAAUUCAAUUUCGAAUCUGUUUGGAUAAUGAUUUAAACUAUAAUCACAGCAAUGAUGAUGGAACAAUCAACCAUAACCGAACAUGAUUGUAAUGUUCUUGGUGGCCUUUUUCAAAUCAUCAUCAAUGAUUUAAAGAAUGGUUCUUCAACAUGGGAUGAUUUCAUUCUAAAAGCGACCAAAUUUCAGGCUCACCUUAAAUCAACAAUAAAUGCAUCAACAGCAUUCUUGGAUUCAUUUCAAAAGAUAGCCGAUAUGGCAACGACAACUCGUGGUGGUACCAAAGAAAUCGGAACUGCUUUGACACGAUUAUGCCUUCGGCAACGAUCAGUUGAAGCAAAAUUAAAAUCCUUCAGUAGCGCUUUUCUGGAUUGUCUUAUUUUACCGCUACAGGAACGAGUUGAAGAAUGGAAAAAGGCAACCAUAGCUUUGGAUAAAGAACGUACUAAAGAAUUGAAACGCUUACGACAAGAAUUUAAAAAACGUCAAUUUUGUGAUUCACUCAGUACAUCCGGCAGUAUUCGUGGCAACAAAAAACAUUCUUCACGUUCAUUAAGCAAAAGUAAAUUUGAUUUUUUUGAUUCAUUAAAUAGUAAAGGUAUUUAUGGCACCAUUGGUGGCGGUUAUCAUCAUAAAUCAACAUCUUCAUUGACACGAUCAUUGGAUUCUGAAAUGGAAUGUAAUGAACGUUUAUUAAUGCUUGAAGAUUUAGAGAAAAAGGCCGUACGCCGAGCAUUGAUUGAAGAACGAAGUCAUUUUUGUUUGCUGGUGAAAUUUUUACGGCCAUUUAUUGAAGAAGAAAUAUCCAUGAUCGGUGAAAUAUCACAUAUACAAGAAAUAAUGGAUUCAUUGCAGAAAUUAACCGUCGAUCCAUUCGAUCUACCCGUAUCGAGUGAGACAGUUAUCUCGAAUCUUAAAUUAAAUAAGAAUGAUACUAGUCUUGCUUCUUGGAGUAUACACACACCUCCUAGUUCACCAAGUUCAUUAGGAUCUAGAAAAUCAAGCAUGUGUUCAAUAUCUAGUUAUAAUUCAUCAUCAAGCAAUUCAGCUGCAAACUAUAUUCACCAUCAACAUCAUCAAACACCAAAUCAUCAAACCCAGAGCAAAUAUUUUUCAACAACAGAUCCGCUUACAUCAACUGUAUACGGAUCGAAUGUUUCAUAUUCUGAUAAUAAUUUGAAAAAAAUCGGUGAUAACGAUCUACAAUUUCAGAUUGAUUCUAUAUCAUCCAGCAAUAAUUCCGAAAAGAAUACAAUAAAAAUUACGUCAACAAAUCCAUUUUUGAGUUCAUACAAUCAAAUUCAAAACAAAAAUGAUGAUCCUGAAUCAUUUUAUGAUAAGAAUCCUACAUCAUCCAUAUCAUCAAAUCAAACAUAUUUAUUACCCAGUCACGAAUCAGAUGGAUCAAUAACGCCUACCAAUGCUGAUCUUCAGAAAAGUCUAAUGUUUACCACUAGUGAUCAUUCACAAAAUUCUAAUAUGAUGAAUUCAAUCUAUAAAAGUGAGGAAAAAAUUUAUCAAAAAUCUAAUAAACCACCACCUGCCCCACCAGUACGACGGACAUCAUCCUUAUCAAAUCCUAAUGCAAUUACAUUAGGAACGUUAAAAAAUAAUAGUAAUAACUUUACUAAUAAUGGCAAUAACAAUAAACAUCAUGAUGAUGCUGUUGCAUCUAAUGUCGUGAAAAAUUCUUCACUUUAUGAUGAAAUUAAUGUAUUAACAAAAUCAAUGAAUGAUAUUAAUUUUACCCUGAAAAAUACCGAUUUCACUAAUAUAAGCUCAUGUAGUAUGGCCAAGCAAUCCGAUAAAACAAUGAUCGAAGAUAAAAGCUAUCAUGCACAACAACAAUCAAAUCCUAAUAGUGAAAGAGAUAAAAAUGAUUACAAGAUUGUCAAGAAAAUAUUUGAAAGCUACAAUAAUCAACAGCAACCAAUUCAAUCAUCGUCAAACAUAUUCAAAUCAAUCGAUUCCGAUGAUGGUUCACAGUUACCAUUACCUGCACCACCCCCGGAAGCAUUCAUAGCUGAAUCGACUAUUGCAACAACAAUGCCUACACCGUCAAUAUCAUCACAGAAUACAUCCUCAAAUAAUAAUAAUAAUAAUAAUCAUCAUCACUACCAAUCACAACAUCACCAUCAUUACAAUAAAAUUACAAAUGUACAUCGUGAAUUCUUGGAAACACUGAAUACAAAGCUGAGCCAAUCACCAUUGGUAUAUCAGAACAAUGCCAAAAUUUCCAAAAGACGAAAUUCAUCAAAUCGAUCCAUUCCGGAUGAUAAUAUGACCUCGAGCUAUUCAGGAAAACAUCGUCAUUCGCAUCGUAGCCAAUCGGCUUCUCGAUCAUCUAGUCGAAAAAAUUCCAUUGAAAAAAAUAAUGGAUUUACCGUAUCCAGUAGCCUGAAUAAUGAGAGUUUUGUUGAUAAGCUAAGUCAAACAUUAUUACAGAAACAACAGCAGCAACAACAACAACAACACAAUGUAGCAAUGACAAUGAAUGAGAUAGCUAAAGCGGCUGCUUCAAGUGCAUUACAACGGAAACAAUCCGUACCGGAAUUAAAUUCGACAGAACAAUACAAUCCGUCAUUCAAGAAUCAAAAUCGAGUCACAUUUUCAAGCUCAUUGAAUUUAUCUACUAGCGGUAAUUCCGGUGGCAAUAACAACAAUCAAGCAUUCCAAGUAGUCGAAAUACAAACAAAUUCAACACAGCAACCAAUCUAUGCUAGCCGAACUCAAUUACAACGAGAAAUCCAUAAUUUAUAUGGAACACUUGGUCAUCGUUCUGAUAUUUAUACCGAUAACAGUGGCAAUGGUCAUCAGCGAUCAUCUUCUUAUUAUCAUCAGCAAAACGGCUUUUUCAAUAAGUUGUAAUAUUCAGAAAAAAAAUCUGGUAACCUUGGAACCUAUCAUUUACGGUACAUUCAAUCAAACAG